AUGGCCAGCCUCGCCUUUGUAUCUCCUGCUGCCCACGGGCCAGUUUUGCUGCACUCAUCUUCGACACAGGUGCCUGCCCCUCCGCGCGAAUGGUGGGCUACGGGCAAGCCUCUUCUGUUUGCACCUCUCGGCCUUGCCUUGGCUCCGAUGGCAAAGUUCACCCGCUCGACACGCACGUCGCGUCUUCAAGCGCGGGCCGCGAAGAAGGAAGGAUCAGAACCUGCCCUGUCGAAGCGAAAGCGCAACGACCCGCAGGAUAUCACCUUGCUGGACAUGGGGACAGGCUUCACAGUGGGUGAAGACUUGGGCCGCCUUUCGAGAAUCACUGUGAAGAAUGGCCGCGAGCGUGUCAAGGAGCGCUGGGUUGUGCGCAACACUGACGAGAAGGAAGACGAGACGAGAGAUCCGAAAGAACUCAUCAGCGAGGUGGCAGCGGAGGUCAACGGGAUGGAUGAGGCCUUUCUUUCAGACCUGGUCGGGAUGACGUCGGUCGAGCGUGCUGAUAUGAUCGAUGAACUCACCCGCAAAGCCUUCAUGCUCAUGGAGGCCGGCGAGAUCAGUGAAGCCAAGGAACACCUCCAACGUGCCACAAGAAUCGGUGAGGCUUUCGAGCGAUUGAGCCAGGAGCUGGAAGUCGUACAGGAGAAGAAAGGCAGAGCCAAGACGGAGACAGAGGUCGUCAUGGAGUUGCGCAAGGAGUUGCACCAGGAGGAUUUCAGCAAGAUCUUCGGCGCCCAUGCCAGAUUUGCCCGCUUCAUUGGGGGCAUGUGA